AAGCAGUGUUCAACGUCACUUUUUGUGGCACCGCCAUCCUCUCACCGACUGAAAUUCCGACCUAGCACACCGCCAUAAUAAAUCUGCUUUCCCCCCUGUUCUCCUCCAUGGCUCAAGCUACCGGUCACUCUCCUUACCGAACCAUAAUUCCAUUGUGGAGAAACAGCCAUCUUCGUUAGUACAAGAAGACGAGCGGACGAGAGAAUAUCAACGCUGUGAUACCAGACAGGCUCUAUUUAGGAAACAUCAUGGCGGCCCGUUCAACUCGUUCGUUGACGGAGCGUCGCAUCACUCACAUCAUUUCUGUUUGCCCAGAUCCCAUACCUGCUGAACUCCCUGAGUCUGGAAUACGUCAUAUGCGAAUUCCUGUCGAGGAUGUUGACUAUGCGGAUCUUUUGAUACACCUCCCGUCUGCCGUCCGUUUCAUUCACGAAGCCAUGAGAAGUGGUGGGGUUGUCCUCGUCCACUGUGUCCAGGGGAUUUCUCGGAGUGCCGCCGUUGUUGCUGCUUAUAUAAUGUGGUCCAGCAGGGUGAACGCUACCCAGGCCCUAGAGAUCGUUAGAAGAGCCCGCGAUCAGAUAUGGCCGAAUCCAGGCUUCCAAGAACAACUCGUUCUGUUUGAGCUCUGUGACUAUGCCCCCUCUCCAUCGAACGGGAUCUACGCCAGUUGGAGAUCAAAAUUGGAGCGUCGCAUUGCCGCUGGAGGAUUGCGAUAAGUCCCUCGUCGACAAUAAAAUUCCUUUUGUGUAUCUUGUUCCUUCCCCAGUUCAAAUUUCCUUUUAACACUUUGUAAUGCAUACCUACAUACGUUAGCUUUCUAUCGGUGUACACUUUCCCUCUGUGUAUCUUAAUUUCUAGACGCGGCGGUAGCUGGCUGACUGCUUCAAUUCUCAGAUCUUAGUGACCGGAACGUGACCUCGACUAGUAGUUAUGUCUUCGCUCCCGACCAGUUGUAGUAGUGCGGGUUCGAAGUGGUGAUGGGUGAUAUACAGUGACAGUGGUACAACGGCGAGUACUAUCAUCCUCUUGCCCUGUCCUGGUAUUCCGGAAUUCCGAUUGAAAAGCUGUUAAGUUCCUCCGAG